AUGCCACGCUACUUGUGGAAUUCUACAUACAGUGAUGCAAGAUACCAAAAUUCCACGUCUUGGGGCUCGAAAUCUGCCAUGGUUUCUAAUGGUUUAAUGAAGUCAAAUGGUUUUAGUUACCAAAGAUUCCCAAAUUACCCUCUUGAUAUACAGUCAACAUCUAAUAUCUCUCGGUCGUUUCUCCAGACUCCACAACUCUGCUCAGUGAACAAGUCUGGAGGUGUUGCAAAGGGUAUCAACCAUGCUCAAAUUUCUCAUCUUUUCUCUAUCAAAACCAAGACUAAAUAUGAACAAGCUAAAUUCUACAUCAUCAAGUCAUACAGUGAAGAUGAUGUUCAUAAGUGUGUUAAAUAUGAUGUUUGGUCAAGUACACCAAAUGGCAACAAGAAGUUGGAUAUUGCUUUCCUUGAGGCCGAAGGAAAAAGAAGAGAAACAGAAGAAUUCAAAACCAGGAGACGUAUUAUUGAGCAUAAAUGGGUCCUUGGAUCCGACUUCAUCUCUCACCAAUCUUACAAGAAACCUGUCUCUCAAUACAAACAUCCCAAAAAACAAGCCUCCGGUGUAGUUAUGCUUGUGUAG